CGCUAGGAGCCGGAGGCAGAGAGAGAGAGAGAGCGGCAUGGGCUUCAAAGGGCCGCCCUACAGAUCGGAGCCGGCGGCGGCGGCGGGGUCCUUAAUGCACUGGGCCUGGAAGCGACAUCGAUAGCUGUCAUGGGGCAGAGUGAAUCAGAGCCACAGGAGGAACAAGAGGAUGCAACCCUGACCGCUGUACUUUCCAACGUCAAGCUCUUUGUGGCAGAUCAGCUGCAGGCCAGCAUGGUGCUGGGUGUCAUGAUAGGAGUCGGGCUCUCCGUGCUGCUUGUUGCCGCCUUGAUCCUGGUGCUGAUCCGCCGGUUCCGCCUUCAGAAGGUCCAGGCCCAGGAACAACCCAAAUAUCGCUUUCGCAAGCGGGACAAAGUGUUGUUCUACGGGAGGAAGAUAAUGCGCAAGGUUUCUCAAUCCACUUCCUCUCUGGUCGACACCACCAUGUCUGCUUCCCGUCCGCGCAUGAAGAAGAAGCUCAAGAUGUUGAACAUUGCCAAAAAGAUCCUGCGUAUCAAGAAGGAGCUGCCCACCCUUCAGCUGAAGGAGCCGCCCCCCUCCGUCCUGGAGGCCGAUCUCACAGAGUUUGACGUGGCCAACUCUCACCUGCCCUCCGAAGUGCUCUACAUGCUGAAGAAUGUGCGGGUGCUAGGCCACUUUGAGAAGCCUUUGUUCCUGGAGCUGUGCAAGCACAUGACCUUCCAGCAGUGCCAGCAAGGCGAGUAUGUUUUUCGCCCGGGUCAGCCUGACACCAGCAUCUACGUGGUCCAAGACGGAAAGCUGGAGCUCUUCCUGUCUGAGCAGGAUGGGAAAGAGACCCUUGUGAAGGAGGUCUUUCCGGGUGACAGCGUACACAGCCUCCUCAGCAUCCUGGAUGUCAUCACGGGUCACCAACGCCCGUACCGGACAGUUUCUGCACGGGUAGCUGAGGACUCCACAGUCCUGCGUCUGCCAGUGGAGGCCUUCUCGGCUGUCUUUGAGAAGUACCCUGAGAGCCUGGUCCGGGUGGUGCAGAUCAUCAUGGUGCGCCUUCAGAGAGUCACCUUCUUGGCUUUGCACAACUACCUUGGCCUGACCAAUGAGCUUUUCAGCCACGAGAUGCAACCGCUGCGGCUAUUCCCCCAGUCGGGCCACACCUCUCGUACCAGCCCCGUCCGACACAGCAAGCGUGUCAUUAGCGCCUCCUCCAUUGAGGAUGCCAAGGAUAGCUCUGGAAGGCAGGGGGAAGCUUCCUCAAGGGACCAAGGUGACCCGUUGAAAGCAGGUCUGCUGGAACCUCCCGCAGCCCCGCUGCUGAGUCGUUGCAUCUCCAUGCCAGUUGAUAUCUCAGGGAUCCAGAGGGGGCCCCGCUCAGAUUUUGACAUGGCCUACGAACGAGGCCGCAUCUCAGUGUCCCUUCAGGAAGACAGCUCCGUCUCGCUGGCCGGCUUCGCCCGGUCGACAUCCCAUGAGCCCCGGGAGCGGAAGUCUGUGACGGUGGAGGAACAGCCGUCUGGGAUCUACCACUACAACUACUGCGAGGACGACUCUGCAACGGGCGACUGCCCAUUCGGCCCCUACCAAGGAUGCCAGACAAGCGCCAUCUUUGAGGCUGCCAAGCGGGAGCUGGUCAAGCUCAUGAAGAUUGAGGAUUCCUCCUUGCUCAAUAACCGGGUGUUGCUGCACCAUGCCAAGGCUGGGACCGUCAUUGCCCGCCAAGGAGAUCAAGAUGUCAGUCUGCACUUUGUGCUUUGGGGCUGCCUGCACGUUUACCAGAGGAUGAUUGACAAGGCCGAAGACGUGUGCCUCUUCCUGACGCAGCCCGGAGAGAUGGUGGGCCAGCUGGCCGUGCUUACUGGGGAGCCGCUCAUCUUCACCAUCAAGGCCAACCGCGACUGCACUUUCCUCAAGAUCUCCAAGUCCGACUUUUACGAGAUUAUGCGGGAACAGCCCAGUGUGGUCCUGAGUGUUGCUCACACAGUAGCAGCUCGAAUGUCUCCCUUUGUCCGCCAGAUGGACUUUGCUAUUGACUGGAUGGCUGUGGAGGCUGGCCGGGCGCUUUACAGGCAAGGCGACAGGUCCGACUGCACCUACAUUGUGCUGAAUGGCCGGCUGCGCUCCGUCAUCCAGAAGGGCAACGGCAAGAAGGAGCUGGUUGGGGAAUAUGGCCGUGGAGACCUCAUUGGAGUGGUGGAAGCCCUGACUCGCCAAGUCCGAGCCACCACUGUCCACGCUGUAAGAGACACAGAGCUGGCCAAGCUCCCAGAAGGGACCCUCAACAACAUCAAGCGACGGUACCCUCAGGUUGUCACUCGCCUUAUACACCUACUGAGCCAGAAGAUCUUGGGGAACUUGCAGCAGCUGCGUGGCCCUUUCCCAGGUUCUGGACUGGGCAUGACCUCCAGCUCAGAGUUGACCAAUCCAGCCAGCAACCUCUCCACGGUGGCAGUCCUCCCGGUGUGUGACGACGUUCCCAUGGCAGCUUUCACCCUGGAACUCAAGCAUGCCCUGAACGCCAUUGGCCCAACCUUGCUUCUCACCAGUGACAUCAUCCGGGCUCGUCUUGGGGCCUCCGCCCUGGACAGCAUCCAUGAAUACCGCCUGUCUGGCUGGCUGGCCCAGCAAGAGGACAUCCAUCGCAUUGUGCUGUACCAGACCGACUGCACCCUGACCCCCUGGACUGUGCGCUGCAUCCGACAAGCCGACUGCAUCCUCAUUGUGGGCCUGGGGGACCAGGAGCCCACCCUGGGCGAGCUGGAGCAGAUGUUGGAGAGCACGGCUGUCCGAGCCUUGAAGCAGCUCAUCCUGUUGCACCGGGAGGACGGCCCCAGCCCUGCCCGCACCGUGGAGUGGCUCAACAUGCGCAGCUGGUGCUCGGGGCACCUGCACAUCAAAUGCCCACGCCGGGUAUUCUCCAGACGCAGCCCGAACAAGCUGAGGGAGAUGUACGAGAAGGUCUUUGAGAAGAACGCCGAUCGCCACAGCGACUUCUCCCGCCUGGCGAGAGUCCUCACGGGCAACACCAUCGCUUUAGUGCUGGGGGGCGGCGGAGCCAGGGGCUGUUCUCACAUCGGUGUGAUCAAGGCUAUGGAGGAAGCCGGUCUCCCCAUCGACCUGAUUGGCGGCACCUCGAUUGGCUCCUUCAUCGGCGCCUUGUAUGCGGAGGAGAGGAGCGCUGUGCGCACGAAGCAGCGAGCCAGGGAGUGGGCCAAAAUCAUGAAUUCGGUGUUUGCCACAGUGCUGGACCUCACCUAUCCCAUAACUUCCAUGUUCUCGGGCUCUGCCUUCAACACCAGCAUUCACAAGGUGUUCCAGGACAAGCAGAUUGAGGAUCUGUGGCUCCCAUAUUUUAACGUGACGACAGACAUCACAGCUUCCGCCAUGCGAGUCCACAAAGAUGGGAGCGUGUGGCGCUACGUCCGAGCCAGUGCAUCUUACACCCCUUAUUUGCCUCCUCUCUGCGACCCCAAGGACAGUCACUUGCUUGUGGAUGGCUGCUAUGUUAACAAUGUCCCAGGCUCGCUGUGGCGGUACGUGCGAGCUAGCAUGACCCUUUCCGGGUACCUACCGCCACUCUGCGACCCCAAGGACGGCAAUUUGCUGAUGGAUGGCGGCUACAUCAACAACCUCCCAGCUGACAUUGCCCGCAACAUGGGUGCCAAGACGGUGAUUGCCAUCGAUGUGGGUAGUCAGGAUGAAACAGACCUGUGCAACUACGGAGACUGCCUGUCCGGUUGGUGGCUGCUUUGGAAGCGCCUCAACCCCUGGGCUGAAAAGGUCAAGGUGCCGGACAUGGCCGAAAUCCAGUCCCGCCUGGCCUAUGUUUCUUGCGUGCGGCAGCUGGAGGUGGUGAAGAGCAGUUCGUACUGUGAGUACAUCCGCCCUCCCAUCGAUCGCUUCAAAACCAUGGACUUCGGCAAGUUUGACGAAAUCUACGACGUAGGGUACCAGCAUGGGAAGGUGGUGUUUGACGGCUGGUGCCGUGGCGACAUCAUCGAAAAAAUGGUCAAGGAUCGGCAUUCGGCAGACUUCUAUGAGAGUAAACGCAUGGAUGUACUGAUGUGCCCCAGCGCAGGAUUCACAGACCUGGCUGAGAUUGUGUCUCGCAUCGAGCCAGCCAAGAGCUACCUGUCAGACAGCUAUGCCGAUGGGGAAGAGUCAGACUACUUGACUGAGUACGAGGACGAAGGAAUGGACACUGUGCGAGAGGAAGAAGGGCAGGAGCUGCUCUUUGCCCCAGCAGAGCCGAAUGCUGUCUUUGAAACAGAUGAGGAAAAGAGCCUACGAUAUCGCCGUGGGACUCAUCAGGAAGCCGCUGCCCUUCCGACUACCCCCACUCCCUGAGAGGGGUGCUGCUACUUGAGCUAGAAAAACUGAGACCAAACCUUGCACUUGCCCUCCUGGGAGCUGCAGCAAGGAGCCCUCCAGAUCACACCAUUUGUAACUUUCUGCCGCCUGGCUGGCAGGCACGCUGGCAUCCCUGCAGGGCCCUGGUGUGCUCCUUGAUCCUCUUGCGCCACGUCAGAAGGUGACCCGCUGGAUGGAACUGUAGACCUCCCAGCACAAACUGAAGGAUGCUGCCAAGCAGAUGCUGCUCAGAGUUACCUGCCCAGGUGUGGGGAUGGAGCCGGCCACUCUGGCGCCUGAGUGCGUUCAGGGCUCCUUGGCUGGACCGCUGCCUUUCUCCUCCAGCUUUCCCCUACUUGAAACAGCCCUGAAGUGGGCCAGAGAGUGGGGAAGGGGAGGAGAGGGCAGCAUUUUACUUACACUACACUCCAUUUUUAGGAAGGGGCCAGGGAAAAGACAUUGCAGAUUCCUCCUGCGUUGGCCUAGUACCACGAGGGACCGGUUUCGAAUCCUGCCCAUCCCCAGGCAGUGCCCUUUUAGCCCAACCAGCUUAGGGAGGGAUCUUGCACAGUGACAAAAGGGAGGCUCUCUCUGAUGCUGAGCAUUCCUAGUCAAAGCAUUAACAGUUAUGGAAGAACCACCGCCGUGAAUAGGGUACAGAAACAUACCUUGUUCCUAUGUUGACUUAACUUAAUCCUGCUUUGAGCUGAGCCCUGACACUCCUUGGCAUUUAUGUUCCUAGCCUGCCUGAGGUUUUGGGCUGUGGCCACAUAGACUGUUCUUUAUUUUAUAUUUAAAAAGGGGAAAAA